UUAGAUAAGGUUGAGGUUGGGGGAAGCACUAAUAGUAGUACAAUUGGUACUGUUAGGGUUAUGGAUGCUCCGACUCUCAUUUUUGUAUCUUUUCAUAAAGCUUUUAGGGCUGAACUUGAAGAGCUUCAUCGAAUUACUUUGUCUUUCUUGGAGAUUAAUGGGUUUCCUGGACGUGAUUUGAUUCUUGAUCUUCUUUAUCGGUUUCGAUAUCUUCAACUUGUUUAUAAGUAUCACUCAGCUGCUGAGAAUGAGGUUAUCUUUAAAGCCUUGGACGAACGUGUAAAAAACAUUGAAUGUUCAUAUUAUCUUGAACAUAGAACCAUAUAUGAUCUUUUUGAAUCAGUAUUCUGGUGGUUCAGUUCAUUGUUGGAGGCUGAUGGAAAUUUUUCACUACCACUUCAAGAACUGGUGAACCGUGUUUACUCAUUGCAGUCCUUCAUUUGCCAGCAUAUGCUCAAAGAAGAAGAACAGGUUUUUCCUUUGCUGAUUCAGUUCUCCUUGGAAGAACAGGCUUCACUUGUUAGGAAGUUUAUUUACAGUGUACCUAUAACGUUGUUGGAAGAUAUGUUACCAUGGAUGGCAUCCUGUCUUCCUAAAACUGAACAGGACGAUUUUGCGCUUUGCAUUAAAGCAGUUAUUCCAAAAGAGAAUCUAUUACAAAAGGUUCUGAUAUCCUGGCUCGUUAAGAAAAGACAACCAACUUCCAAAGCCUCCAGCAUCCCUGAAAGUGGAAAUUUGGUUUUAAGCUCUAAUGAAGCAUUAUGCUUGAAGGAGUUUCUAAAGGCAUACUUGUCUGGCAAGAACUUACCUGGGAAGGUCUGCAGUGGAAUAAAAUCAGAUCAUACCGAACAUACUGCUAAAUGUCAUCCUAUUGAUGUUCUUCAUGUUUGGCAUGGUGUUAUCAGUAAGGAUUUGAACAAAAUUCUAGAGGACCUACAAGAUACAAGAGGAUCCAGGACUUAUUCACAUUUAUCUUCAAUAUGUAGCCGGUUAAAGUUCUUUGUAGAUGUCCUCGUAUUCUACAGUGCUGCCUUGGAGAAAGUAUUCUUCUCAGUAUUAAAUGAACUUGUGGAUGAGCCCUCAUCUUUCUCGUAUGGAAGGUUUCCAGAUGACUCACAGAUUGAAGGUCUCUUUCAAGCUCUACAGAAUUUCAGUGCACAAAAUAUUACGUUAUCCUCCAGCCAUUUGGAGAAGUUGGGGUCGCAAUUGGUCUCUUUCAUAGAGGGGAUCAGUGUGCACUUUGCUUUUCAAGAAUCUGAGGUUUUGCCUCUCAUCCGCAAGCACUGUGAUUAUGAAAUGCAGCAGAGCUUGUUGUAUAAGAGCUUGCAAGUGAUGCCUCUUGGGUUGUUAAAAUGUGUGAUAAGCUGGUUGUCAACCCAUUUAACCAAAGACGAAUCAAAUGCUAUAACUUGCAGCAUGAAGUCAGCAGGAUCUGUAAGUGACGUAUCUUUUGCUUCUCUCUUGAACGAGUGGGUCAGCAUUGAAUGUUCAGGUAAAACAGCUAUUAAAAAAUUCAGACAUGAGUUAUACUAUAUGUUCAAUAGCAUGCGUGCUUUCCUUAUGGAGGAUUUAGAAGUUCAUCAACGCCAGAAGUCUCAUUCUGCUCAGGGAAAACUAAAUUUUACUGCUAUGGCCAAGAAAAAUGUAGGUGACAAUACAUUGUACUCUAGUGAAAUGAAUCUGCAGAUAUUAUUCCCGCAGGCUCUAAGAAACAUACCUCCUUACUCUAUAGUUUCGUUACAGAAUAAGGAUGCCGAUUCUGAUCUUACUCAAGAGUUCAAACCAAUUGACUUCUUUUUUCUCUUCCAUAAGACCCUGAAGAGUGAUAUAGAAUAUCUUAUAGUUGUGUCAGGGAAGAUGGAUUUAAAUCUUAAGUUCCUUACGGAAUUCCUUCAGCGAUUUCAUCUUUUCCGCUUUCUUUACAAAAUCCAUUGUGACAGCGAAGAUGAGAUUGUGUUCCCAGCUGUGGAGGCUAUGGGGAAAUUGCAAAACAUAAGCUUUUCGUGUUCUAAUGACCACAAAUUGGAAAAGGAGCUCCUAAGUAAUGUCACUGAUAUUCUGUAUGAAAUAUGUGAGUUACAUGUUUCCUUUCCUGCUGAAACACCAAGCUUUCUGGAUGGUACACCUCAACAGCGGAUCCUUUAUUAUCGCAGUAUGUGCACAAAGCUUCACGAUAUGUGUAAAACUAUGCGUAUCGCUCUAGAGAAGCAUGUGUUCCACGACGAGAUUCAGGUUUGAUCAUCAUUUUUGGAGUUCUUCUCGUACGA